AUGCAACUUGUUGUUCUUCUUGACAUCGAACGACGACAUCCGACUAUCGAAAGUCAUCUCGGUGAUCGUGUACAGUAUUAUUUCAACCAAAACGAAUGCAUCCAGUAUGUACGAAAUCAAAUGGAAAAUUACGAACGAAUCGAUCUUUUUCUUUCUUCACAACAUAAGAACAUUAUCGGAAAUGAUUUAGUAUUAUUUUCUAAUAUCUUUUUUCACAUUUAUUAUCCAACUACGAAUUAUAUUUCUGAAAAUGGUGAAGAUUCGUGGAUGUGGAUUGAAAAAUUCGAAGAGGAUGUGUUAUGGGUGGAAAUUGGCUAUGCAAUAUAUCGGCAUGAUUGGAGAUCUUAUAUACGAAGCAAUUCUGCUGAAAACGCAUUCGAAUGUUUGAGAGGUACAUAUGGAAUACUACAGGACGAAGUACAGGCAAGAAAAUUUGGCAUAAUCGCUGUGUUGAUUUAUUAA